AUGAAAGGUUUUAUCUGUAUCUCCAUUCUUGUUUUUUCACUGUUCUGUACAACAGUACUGACAGAACAGUUGCAAUAUGUUGAUCAAAGCCAGAUUAUCGAACCGCGCAUAUUUCCUGCUGUUGCCGCUAUUGUAGCUCGAGUCGUAGCAAUUUUAGGUCCACGUGUAACGACGUUUGUUAUGUGUAUGGGAACAGCAUUUACACUUGAAUGUGGACAAAAAAUGCUUACAUGCGCAGAACGUGGUCAGGCGCCAUGGGAAUGUAUUGGUGCACUAGUAUGUGGUGGAAAAUCCGCACGAAACUGUGUCAAGACAUUCGGUUAA